AUGCCCCUAUUUCGAGAUCCGGACCGACGGAGUCACUAUCUAAGGUCACCAGAUCACGAUAACCGUGAACACCCGACCACAGGGUCCUCCAGGCCCAAACCAAAUGAAAUGGGCAACGGCGCACUUGAGUCUUCGGAAGUCGCUGAAGCGCCUGCCGACCGUAUGGAGCUCUCACCUUCUGGGUUGAACUUGCCUAGAUCGCCGGUCAACGACCGAGAGCAACUCAUAUACCAUAUCAAGGAAACCUCACCUUGGAGACAUCAUACGCCCUCAGGUAGGGUAGAUGAUGACGUCUUCAUGUCUCACUCAUCACAGGAACAUUCGCAAACUCAAGAUCAUAGAGAAAUCAUGCCGAACGCAGAGAAACUGGAAUCGCCGGCCGAUAUCCAGAGGCCUCGAUCAGCGUUGCAUUCAGGCGAUUUCAGAGAAGGCCAUGAUCCAAAAUCGCCGAAGUCUCUGUUCACGGAACGGGAUUCAAACUCAUCAUUUACUCCUCUGGGCUCAUCGCCAACGAGUCCCUGGUUCGAGGCACCGGCAUUUUCGCCGGCAGUGCAGCACACAAGCACGUUGAAUGAUCACGGUCAAUCUGAACGUGCCAGGCAUGCUCGUGCCCGUGCGCCUUCGUUGGGCUCGUUUUCAUCGAGUUAUGUUCUCAAAGCACCUACCAGUCCACUGGUUUAUCAGGCAAAUAACACCGAUAUUGAUUAUUCGCCUCAAGUCGGUCCUAUAGAUGUCGUGGACCCAUUGGAGAGGGCAAAUCGCCGUCGAACUCUACCGCCAGAGACUUUCCGAAACCUCCAAUUCUCUCCGCCGAAACACCAAGGGAUUAGCCUUGGUAGUCCGUCCCCGCCAAAGCGGCGACAGGAUUCCUUCAACCGGAUAUCUCCAACUUCUUCUCGCCGGUCACUAACCUCGGCAUACAGUCUUCAGCUUGCGCCCUCACCGGCAGGGCAGAUUCCACAAUCGCGAGCGAGAAGACCAUCGCUUGCCUCAGAAGUUUCUGUCAAACCACAUGCUCCAAUGGUCGGUUCUUACGAGGAGUCGAUAUUGCGCGGGCGCAUGUCUAUGAAUCCUUCCAAGCCUCUGGACUUCACAGCGCAGAUUGGCGUGUUGGGGAAAGGGAACUGCAAGGGUGCUCUCAAAUGCCCACCACAUGUCACAGUGCCGUUUCCGGUCGUCUUCUACAGCUAUCCAACUUCAGGAUCUGGUCGUUCCAUCUCAGAUGACAAUCCCAGCCCUUACGUCGGGCAAAUUGAUCUUGAAAAUUCACUGCCCAAGGAUAGUCCAGCUCCCAUCAGGCGUCGCAAAAAGCAUACAAGUCCGCCGGAUCACCGCGAAGGCACUUCUGGGGAGGCACCAAAUCAAGGUCGUUCAUCUGAGGCCGGAACCCAACGCCGCCGGGAAAAGAAGCAUCGCAGAUCUGAAUCGCCCAAGCGUCCUCCUGGGGGAGCGUACCGAAUUCCACAGCAGGGUCAACUGCAGAUAAUCAUCAAAAACCCGCACAAGACGGCAGUCAAACUCUUCUUGGUUCCCUACGACCUCACCGAUAUGGAGCCCGGUACAAAGACUUUCAUUCGCCAGCGAAGCUACUCGGCGGGCCCGAUCAUUGAUAUGCCGCUCAGUGCUCGGAAGAACUUCGGCACUGAUCGCCCUGAAGCCUCGUUGAAUGCCACAGAGGAUCCAAAAGACAAGCCAACUUUGCGAUAUCUCAUUCAUCUAAAUAUCUGCUGCCCUUCUAAGGGUCGCUUUUACCUGCAUUCAAGCAUCCGCGUUGUGUUUGCAAACCGUGUUCCGGACGGCAAAGAGAAGCUCCGCAACGAAAUCCAGAACCCUGAGCCUCGAUACAGCCCAUACAAGCCUUCUCGCGAGUCAUCUAUAUCUAAUGCUGGAAGCUCGAAUCCUCGAUCUGCAACGGAUCUUGCUUCUCGCAGACGAAGCGUUGGCCAAAACCCAAUCUUCAACCUUCAUCCUCAUGUGUCAUCACCAGGCCAGCUACAAACGCAAUUAAACGAGCCAACUCCAAUGGAUCUCACAGAUUCCCCUGGGCACUCGCACCCCCACGAUUUAUCAUUCGGUCAUGAACUCCAUGGCGAUUUCCAGAGUCAUCACUGCACCUCUGGUCCAGCUCUAGAACCCGGUGAAAGCCUACUUGCAAAAAGACUGCGGGGCCUCGACGUCCACAGACAAGAUUCACUAGACGAGCAGCACCCACGUAACAUGGGAUUCUACGACCGCUUAUCACCUCAUCGGCCCAGCCCUCGUUGA